ACACACUCGUCCUGUCCGCGCAUCCGCAGCGCCGCCGCUCUUCUCCAGUGUCUCUCGCCGCGGCGGACGCGCCGCUCCCGGAUAAUGAGCGAGUUAUAGUCCGGUAAACCGCCGCCGCAGCAUCGUAGCUCGAAGGCCGGAGAGAUGCCGGCGUGAAGGGCACCGGAGAUAUCCCGUAUCUUCCGCGUUAUCUUCCGCGAGGCCGGUCCGCUGCUGUGCUGCACCGAGCGCCGGUGCUGGAGCGCGAGGCCUGUAAACACAAGAUGUCGACCAGAACGCCAUUGCCCACCGUCAACGAGCGCGACGCAGAGAACCACACGUCUGUGGACGGCUACACAGACACACCAGCAGCGCCAACGAAGUCGUCGAGUCGUCAGAGUUUGCCGCGCUCCAGGAACUCAGUGGCCUCCAUCACUGACGAACAGCCUCAUGUCGGCAACUACAGACUGCUGAAAACCAUCGGCAAAGGAAACUUCGCCAAAGUCAAACUCGCCCGGCAUGUGUUGACUGGACGAGAGGUAGCAGUGAAGAUCAUUGAUAAAACACAGCUGAACCCUACUAGUCUACAGAAGCUCUUUCGUGAAGUGAGGAUUAUGAAGGUCUUAAAUCAUCCUAAUAUAGUGAAGUUAUUUGAAGUAAUCGAGACGGAGAAGACGCUGUAUUUAAUAAUGGAGUACGCCAGUGGGGGCGAAGUCUUUGACUACUUAGUGGCUCACGGGAGAAUGAAGGAGAAGGAGGCCAGAGCCAAGUUUCGGCAGAUUGUGUCUGCAGUGCAGUAUUGCCAUCAGAAGAGAAUAGUCCACAGGGAUCUCAAGGCGGAGAAUCUGCUGCUGGAUGCGGACAUGAAUAUAAAGAUCGCAGACUUCGGCUUCAGCAAUGAGUUCACCCUGGGCAGUAAGCUGGACACGUUCUGCGGGAGUCCUCCGUACGCUGCGCCCGAGCUCUUUCAGGGCAAGAAGUACGACGGGCCGGAGGUGGACGUCUGGAGUCUGGGGGUCAUCCUGUACACGCUGGUCAGCGGCUCACUGCCGUUCGAUGGACAGAACCUGAAGGAGCUGCGAGAGCGAGUGCUGCGAGGGAAAUAUCGCAUACCGUUCUACAUGUCCACAGACUGUGAAAACCUGCUGAAGAAACUGCUGGUGCUCAAUCCUGGCAAACGCGGCAGCCUGGAGCAAAUCAUGAAGGACCACUGGAUAAACGUGGGUCAUGAGGAAGAGGAACUGAAGCCGUACACGGAGCCGGAGCCAGACUUCAGCGACACCAAACGCAUCGAACUGAUGAUCACUAUGGGUUUCCCGAAGGAUGAGAUCACAGAGGCGUUGGUGGGGCAGAAAUAUGAUGAGGUGAUGGCCACAUAUCUUCUGCUGGGCAGGAAACCUCCAGAGUUUGAAGGGAGCGAUUCUCUGUCCACCACAAACCUGUGUCAAAGGUCACGACCCAGCAGUGACCUGAACAACAGCUCCUCACAGUCUCCCGCGCACUCCAAAGUCCAGCGCAGCAUCUCAGCCACACAGAAACAGAGGAGAUUCAGUGACCACUUCAGCUCGGGCUCCAGAGCUCCCUCCACGUCUCCAUCAGCUCACAGCAUCAGCAGCAUGACUCCGGAUCGCACCCGUUUCCCGCGCGGAACGUCCAGCCGCAGCACUUUUCAUGGGGCGCAACUGAGGGACCGGCGCAGUGCCACCUACAACGGGCCGCCAGCCUCACCCACACUGUCCCAUGACACCGGGGCGCUCGCGCAGGCCCGCAGGGGCACCUCGUCCGGCUUCAUCAGCAAACUCACAUCCAAGUUUGUACGCAGGAGUGGUUCUGGAGAGCCUAAGGAGGACGGCCGUGACUCGAAGCCCAGAUCUCUGCGCUUCACCUGGAGCAUGAAGACCACCUCGUCCCUGGAGCCCGGAGACAUGAUGCGGGAGAUCCGCAAGGUGCUGGACGCCAACAACUGCGACUACGAGCAGCGCGAGCGCUUCCUGCUGUUCUGCGUGCACGGGGACGCUCGACACGACAGCCUGGUGCAGUGGGAGAUGGAGGUCUGCAAACUGCCCCGUCUGUCGCUCAAUGGCGUGCGCUUCAAACGCAUCUCCGGGACCUCCAUCGCCUUCAAGAACAUCGCCUCCAAAAUCGCCAACGAGCUCAAGCUGUAAGCAGAGGGCUCAGAAACGAAGACUUGCAUUAAAUAUAGGGAAACACUACAAAAAA